AUGUCCCAGCCCAAGACCCCAAACAUCAAAAAGGUCACGUUAGAUGACGCGGACUUGGAGAAGAGGAACGAGGCCCUAAUAAUCGAGAAUGAGAUUAUCAAGGAGGAAAUAUUGGACAUAAAGCAGAGUCAAAAAGAUCUAGCCGACCGAGUUGCAGUGCUGUAUGGAGUACAAACUAUUGGCGUACUGAGGCCUGAACAGGUCCGGGCGCUCUACGCUGCAAUCGAGGCCGCUAUCGAAGCGUUCGUCGGGCCCAUGGACAAAUUCAUCCGCGAGAACAGCGACCACAAGAAUCGCGUCGAAGGGGCUAUGUCGAGGGAAGGAUCCGCAAAGGCCUUUCGAUCAGCUAUAAGCGACAAUGCAGAGCUCCAAGCGGCUGCUGUAGAUCCUGACACGUGCGUUAUUGAUGUCUGGACCGCAUACAUCUGGCGAUUCCUGGUGCAGAACGUUUUCUCGGACGAAGCCUCAAUCGAGUUUUAUUCCGGCGAAGGCCAGAAUGCGACGUAUUAUAUCAAGAAUCUCAUUGAGAUGGACUACCUCAUGACUCAGGCCAAGCCACCCGUUUUUGGACUAUACUCCAGGCGCCUGUGGCACAGACAAGCCCUCUCCGCCAUCUUCAGAACCGCCGACUUCGAUUGGGUCCAAUCACACCGGACCGCCAAGAUCGAAGAACUAAGCCAGGACCUGCGGCGGGCCUUCCAAGUGUUCGCGAGGCCCUUCCCCGAGGACAGGGCGCUGGAGCUCAUACGCGCCAUCUUCGCCGCCGCGGUCCGGCUCAACGAGCACAUCAUGACCGAGGCGGAUGACAUCUGGACCCUCGAGCUGGAUGGCGUCACCGGCAGCGAGGACGACUUCUACGACAACUUAGAGGACUUCGACCUCAAGCCGGUCGGCACCCUCGAAGCCCUGGGGCACAGCGCGCCCCUGGACAACAUCAAGACGCGCUUUUCCAUGGACGAGAUCAAGAAGCGCCUGACGAAACUGUGCGUGAUGACGCCGGCGCUACGGUACCAGCACAUCCAGCCUACGGGGGAAGAGUACGGGGAACACGUGCAUGUGGUUAAGCCGCAGGUGUUGGUCGCCUUGGAGGAGGUACCUGGGUCGGAGGAAGUAAUAUCUGAACAUGUUCUCCCUGAUGAGCUGAUGUUCUACAAAAUGGCUGAGAGCCUUGGCCUUGUCCAAGAGCCUUUAGAAAGACAGUAA